UAACCAACUGAACCACCCAGGUGCCCCUAGAGUGGGAGACUUUUUGUUCAUUGCUCACUGUUUGUAUCUGUUCCAGCUUCCUUUCAGCUGAGGCAUGAUACUCUGCCAUCCUUCUAAAAUUUCUUUGCAGCUUUCAAAUGCAAGAACCACUUGGCCACAACAGUAGGGCCUUGAAUGUGGAGCUUUCCCAAGGGAGUUGGCUCUAAAUUAACAUUUCAUGCCACGUACAGAGUUACUCUGCUCCUCUUGUGUGAUGAGUUGCCCUGAAUCCAGGAGAGGUGGCACAUUAAUAAGAGGCAGGAAAGGGUGAUAGUGAUCUAGGGGGAGCUCAGAUCAGAUCAUGAGUAAUGGUCUCUGUUCUUAUGUACAGUAGUCUCCCCUUAUCUGCAGUUUUGCUUUUCGUGGUUUCUCUUACGUGCAGUCAACUGGGGCGUGGACGCAGAUGAUCCUUUUCCUGAUGUUAGAAGGUCAGUAGUAGCCUAACGCUACAUCACUGCCUCAGUCACUCACCUUACUUCAUCUCAUCAUGUAGGCAUUUUAUCAUCUCACAUCGUCACAAGAAAGGUGCCUAUUGGAAUUUAUAUUCAUCCACCUUUUUUUAAUGUAAGGAGGGAAAAUGACUGCUGGUUCAGUGUGUGUCCCUCAGAUCAUACCACUGCGAGUGCCUCCACCUGGAAAAGCCAACCAUGAAAUUGAUAACAAUACACUUUUAGAAAUGAAAUCAGACACCCCAGAUGUCAACAUAUAUUAUACGCUGGAUGGCAGCAAACCUGAAUUUCUGAAGAGAAUCGGUUAUCGUGAAAACAAUACAUUUAAGUAUACGAAGCCUAUUACUCUGCCUGAUGGAAAAAUACAAGUUAAAGCUAUUGCAGUCUCUAAGGACUGCAGACAGAGUGGCAUUGUAACAAAGGUGUUUCAGGUGGGCUAUGAGCCACCAAAUGCAGUGUCUUCUGAAGACAAUGUUGAAAAUAUUCUCAAAGAUUCUUCAAAGCAGGAAUUGAAAAAUGGGUUUGUUGGGUCAAAACUACGGAAGAAAUGUAAGAAUGCUGAAAAUAAACAGGGUUGGAACGUUAACCUUAGAAAGUCUCCAAGUAUGACAUGGCAGGACGAAGACCUUGAGGUAGGUGAAAGAACUGACUCUAAAACAUGGAAAGAUCUUCGUUUCUCAGAGAGUCCAAUGGAAAUCCCACCUUACCAUGAAGAAUCAGGUUCUAGACCACCCACCCGCCAGUCUCAGUUCCCUAGUUUUGCACACAUAACUGGCCAGAAGAGUUUGACAAGCACAGAGAUCAUGAGAAUUCAAAGACAGACAGACUUUCUCAAGUGUGCCCACUGCCUGGCCCCCCGCCCAUCUGACCCCUUUGCUCGCUUCUGUCAAGAAUGCGGCUCUCCUGUCCCGCCCAUAUUUGGCUGUCGUCUCCCACCCCCAGAAGGAGCUCAGAUGGGCUUAUGUGCAGAGUGUGGAAACAUGGUGCCCAUGAACACUCCCAUCUGUGUGGUGUGUGAGGCCUCUCUUACUCUACAGCUGCAGCCACAGGCCAGCCUCCGCUUGAAGGAGAAAAUAAUCUGCCGCACCUGUGGCACAGGGAAUCCAGCUCACCUGAAAUACUGUGUCACCUGUGAGGGGGCCCUGCUGUCAUCACAGGAGCAGCCCAUGCGCAGUGGAGAUAAAGCCCCUCCUCCCCCCACUCAGAAAGGGGAGACCAUUUCCUGCUCCAAGUGUGGUCGCAGGAAUCGCCCGGAAGCUUGCUUCUGUGACUGGUGUGGAGCCACGCCAGGCAUUUCUGCCUGCUACUCUGUUUGCCCCAAAUGUGGGGCCAGCAAUCACCCAUCUGCCCGAUUCUGUGGUUCCUGUGGUAUUUAUGUGAAGUCCUUGGCAAGACUUAGCAUGGAUAACAACCUGGCUCUUGCUGCUGGAGAACUUCGCCCUUUUGCUGAGCCCCGAUCUGCCUGGCAGUCCCUAAAUGUUCCUUUGCUCAGACCUGAGGCUGGGACUCGGAAGGACGUGGGCACACAGACUACUGGCCUGUUCUACCCAUCUGGUGCACUACUAGCCAAAAAGGAACUGGAAAUGGCUUCUCAAAAGCAGAGGCAGGAGAAAAUGAGUGACCAUAAACCUCUCCUCACAGCUGUCAGCCCAGGAAGAGGGUACUGGAGAAAACAGUUGGAUCAUAUCUCUGCUCACCUCAGGUCUUAUGCUCAGAACAACCCUGAGUUCAGGGCUUUGAUUGCAGAACCCAGAAUGGGAAAGCUUAUCUCUGCUACUGUCCAUGAAGAUGGCUAUGAAGUUAGCGUCCAGCUGAAUUAUAUUCAAGUAUCAAACAAGAACCUUUACCUCAGCAAGGCUGUGGAUUUCAGCAGCCACUUCCUGAGCAGUGUCACUGAGGGUGGUAAUGGGCCAUUUGGCAGCAGGUCCAGCCUGGUGAGCAACUACAGCCAGAGCACCUCCGAUACCACUGAAAACGUCAAGAGGGCAAAGAAUUUCAAGACCAAAACAUUUCAAGAAAAGGAGCAGCUCACACCUGAAAACAGGCUCCUGCUGAAGGAAGUGGGACCGACAGGGGAAGGAAGAGUCUCUGUGAUUGAACAGCUGCUCGAUGAGGGAGCAGAUCCCAACUGCAGGGACAGUGAGGAGCGACCCCUUAUAACCAUGGCUGUUGUGAAUAAGCACCACGAAGCGAUUCCGGUUCUUGUGCAGAGAGGAGCAGACACCGAGCAGCGGUGGGGACCGCUCCGAAAUACAGCUCUUCAUGAAGCGACCCUCCUUGGCCUGGCGGGAAGGGAGUGCGUCGCUGCUUUACUGCGAUGCAAUGCAGGCAUCCAAAAGAAGAACACGAAUGGCCAGACGGCAUAUGACCUGGCUCUGAAAACUGGGGAUGAGGUCAUCACCUCACUCUUUGCUGCUAAGCUCGGCCUGGAUGACUCUUAGACCCAAGAGCCUGCGCGGGACCUGAUUUCAAGAAACCAUCCAGCUCUAGCUGUUCUUUGUUUCUUUCUGAGAUGUGUUAUUUGUGGUUUGGAAAUUGAGGUUGAGAGGAACGCAUAAGAUUUUUUUUUUUUUUAAUAUGACAGUGUAAGCCACCAUGUGGGCAUUUCCCAAUAUGCUCUGGAUGGUGACGAAUUUAACAUAUGUUUUGUAAAGGGUCUGUUGCUGCUUAUUUUGGAAUUUUCUUUAAAAUUUAUUUUUCAAUAGAUAAUUGCACAUGGUUCAAAGCUAAACAGUAUGAAGUGUUAAGUAGUAAAAACUCUGCCAUCCCUGUCCCACAGCCACCCACGUCCCCUCCUCAGAGGCUGCAAUGAUACCAGUGUCAUCUGCGUCUUUCCAGAAAUAGUAGAGGAUUAUAUAAGCACAUGUGCGUAAUAUAUGCAUAUGUACAUAUAGGGUAUGUAUAAAAUACAAAUACAGAGAACAGAUAUAUUCUUUCUCCUCUUUUAAGACAAGUACUAGCAAACUACACACCCGUCUGAUGUUUUACAUCUUGUUCUAUUCCUUAAUAUCUCUUGUAGGUGGUUCCAAAUUAGUACAUUAAGAUUAACUUUAUUUAAAGACUUUCAUUUCUAAUGUGAAAUAUUCCUAUUGUUGUGGUUUGUUCUCCGGUUGACAAACAAGCUUUGAAUAAGCCCAUGUGCAGGAAUGUGCAAUUUUA